AUGUCACACUCCGGAGCUGCCAUUUUCGAUAAGGUGUCAGGGAUAAUUGCCAUAAAUGAAGAUGCUUCUCCUGCAGAAUUGAUCUGGAGGUCUACAGAUGGUGACAAGGUUCAUACGGUCGUAUUAUCCACCAUCGACAAACUGCAAGCCACCCCAGUGUCAAGUGAAAAAAUGAUGUUGAGACUUAUCGGAAAGGUGGAUGAGUCGAAAAAGCAGAAAGAUAACGAAGGCAACGAAGUCUUGCCGAAGCCGCAACGCCAUAUGUUUUCAUUUAAUAAUAGAACGGUCAUGGAUAAUAUUAAGAUGACUCUACAACAAAUUAUCUCACGUUAUAAAGAUGCCGAUAUCUACGAAGAGAAGAGAAGAAAGGAAGAAUCCGCGCAAAACACAGAAACACCGAUGAGCUCCUCUUCUGUUGGAACAGGCACUCCCACACCGCAUCUGGAUACACCACAAUUGAAUAAUGGAGUUCCACUGAUCAAUACCGCCAAAUUGGAUGAUUCGCUGUCCAAAGAGAAACUGCUGACCAAUUUGAAACUGCAGCAAUCUUUAUUGAAGGGAAACAAAGUGUUAAUGAGGGUUUUCCAAGAAACAGUCAUUAAUGCCGGUUUGCCUCCAUCGGAAUUUUGGUCAACUAGAAUCCCGCUUUUAAGAGCCUUUGCUCUGUCCACUUCACAGAAAGUGGGACCUUACAAUGUCUUGUCUACUAUUAAACCAGUGGCCUCGUCGGAAAAUAAAGUCAAUGUUAAUUUGUCAAGAGAGAAAAUUUUGAAUAUAUUUGAAAACUACCCCAUCGUAAAGAAAGCUUACACGGAUAAUGUGCCAAAAAAUUUCAAAGAACCUGAAUUUUGGGCGAGGUUCUUUUCUUCUAAGUUAUUUAGAAAAUUAAGGGGUGAAAAGAUCAUGCAAAAUGAUAGAGGUGAUGUUAUCAUCGAUAGGUAUUUGACACUGGAUCAAGAAUUUGAUAGGAAAGAUGAUGACAUGUUGUUGCAUCCAGUGAAAAAAAUUAUAGAUUUGGACGGUAAUAUUCAGGACGACCCCGUCGCACGAGGCAACAGACCCGAUUUUACUAUGCAACCAGGUGUGGAUAUCAACGGUAAUAGCGACGGUACAGUAGAUAUCUUGAAAGGCAUGAAUAGAUUAAGUGAAAAAAUGAUCAUGGCUCUAAAGAACGAGUAUUCGAGGUCGAAUUUACGGAACAAGUCCAUUAACACAAACGAUGAACAAGAUGAAGAUAGGGAUGAAAGAAAUGAGCUGAAAAUUGACGAUUUGAAUGAAAGCUACAGGACCAAUUAUGCAAUCAUACAUCUGAAAAGAAAUGCUCAUGAAAAGACAACAGACGCUGAUGCAGAAACUUCUACAACUCCAAUGAAAAAUUCGGACUUAAAGGUCUCUAACCAACAAAUGUUGCAACAGUUAUCAGUGGUCAUGGACAACUUGAUCAAUAAGUUGGACUUGAACCAAGUCGUCCCCAAUAACGAAGUGAGUAACAGAAUUAACAAAAGGGUCAUAACUGCAAUCAAGAUCAACGCCAAACAGGCUAAACACAAUAACGUCGACUCCGCACUUGGCGCUUUUGUGGGCACAGCCGUUCAAGCAAACGAAUCAGAGGUGAAAAGCACUCUGCCAAUAGAUCUGUUAGAAAGCUGUAGAAUGCUACAUACGACUUGCUGUGAAUUUUUGAAGCAUUUUUAUAUUCAUUUCCAAAGCGGUGAACAAAAGCAAGCCAGCACUGUCAAAAAGCUUUAUAACCAUUUGAAGGACUGUAUCGAAAAACUGAACGAGCUAUUCCAAGAUGUGCUUAAUGGUGAUGGUGAAUCCAUGUCAAACACGUGUACUGACUAUUUGAGGCCAGUUUUGAACUCGAUCACUUUGGCCACCCGCAAGUAUGAUGAGUAUUACAACGAAUGCAACAAUGGCUCGAGCAGUGGCGCAUAA